AUGACAAACCCCGCACAAAAAGAAGUGAAUAUAUUAUUACUUGGAGAGACUGGUGUAGGAAAAUCUACAUUUAUAAAUGCACUCUAUAACUAUCUUAGAUUUGACACUUUAGAUGAUGCAUUACAUGGGAAUAUGGAAAUACUAAUUCCAUCAAAAUUUACAGUAACAGAUGAGAAUUAUGAUCUUAGAACUGUAAAACUUGGAGAUGAUUCAAACGAAAAUUUAGAAAAUGUUGGAAUGUCAGCCACUCAAACAUGUAGAGAAUAUCAAUUUAACUUAGGAGACGUGAUUGUAAGAUUUAUUGAUAGUCCAGGAAUAGGAGACACAAGAGGAGUUGAUAAAGACAAAGAAAACUUAGAAAAUAUUCUUAAAUUUAUUAGCAAUUACGAAUAUCUGAAUGGGAUUUGUAUCCUUCUCAAGCCAAAUAAUGCUCGAUUAACUAUAUUAUUUAAAUUUUGCAUACAAGAAUUAUUAUCUCAUUUACAUAAGAGUGCCAAAGACAAUAUAGUUUUUUGUUUUACUAAUUGCAGAGGAACACUCUAUCGUCCAGGUGACACAUUACCUGCACUUAAGGAACAACUCCAUAGUCUUGAACAAAGAUCUGGUGUUGGAAUAAAAACUAACAAAGAAACUAUGUACUGUUUUGACAAUGAAUCAUUUCGGUUUCUAGCUGCAGCUAAGAAUGGUGUAAACUUCGGUGAAAUGGAUAAAACAAGUUUUACAGAAAGUUGGAAAAGAUCUGUCACUGAAUCUGUAAGACUUCUUCAAUAUCUUGGAUUCCGUGAUCCUCAUAAAGUACAAGAUACUUUAACGCUUAAUGAAGCUAGAAAUAUUGUAUUACAUCUUGCUAAACCUCUUGCAAGUAUAGAACAGAAUAUUCAAACAAAUAUUAAUCAUAUUAAAGAUAAACAAAAGGAGAUUGAUAGCUGCACUGAAUCUAUUAAUGAUCUUCAAAAAAGAUU